AUGACAGUUUGUCAUGCACAGACCCACUUGGCGGUGGCAAACUGGGACGUGGACUUUGCUCAAAUCUACUCAUGCACAGACCCACUAGGCGACCCAAUCGGCGGUGGCAAACUGAGUUCACUUCCUCCAAACGUUCCAUGUGCGACCCAAUCGGCGGUGGACGUUUGGCUUUCCAGCAAAACUCGAGCCAGUUUGUCAUGUACUGACCCAAUUGGCGGUGGCAAACUGAGUUCACUUCCUCCAAACGUUCCAUGUGCGACAAAUUGGCGGUGGACGUUUGGCUUUCCAGCAAAAUUCGAUUUGUCAUGCACAGACCCACUUGGCGGUGGCAAACUGGGACGUGAACUUUGCUCAAAUCUACUCAUGCACAGUCCCACUUGGCG